CCCGCCCCUUGCCGACAUUUUAAUCCGAUUUCCCGGCCGCUCCUCCGAGCUAACGGCGAACCCACACCACCAACAUGGCCGCCGAGCUCGCUCUCUCCGUUCCCUCCCCCCCACCGCACACCCAGUUUUCUCUGCGGCUGCGCGGCGCAGAACCUUAUAGGAGUUGUAGUUCUCCAUGCACCCGGGGCUUGCGGCUAGAGACGGGAGCGAACUACACAUUCCAGAAUGCCGCACUGUCGAUCUUAAGGAGCCAAUGGGCGGCUUCCCCCCUCCUACCUCCCACCCUGGACAUAAGGAUGAUGUCAUUGCAAAACAAGCAAGGGAGGUCUCUGCCCUGCAAUUCAUUGUGCUACGCUAUAGCCUCCUCCCCCUGCUGCUGAAGCGCUAGGGCAGUGACUAAAUCCCCAGCAAAGGGGAGGGGGGGACCAUAUAGACAUCCCAAGGGAGCUGCAAGCCCUACCCCAUGUCUAGGUGAUUGAAUCCCACGUUGUGUCUUGUUUUAUGGUCUCGCAGGGGAAGGGGAAAAAUCCCAAAUCCAGCUCCCCUUUAAGUGCAUGCUUAUGUGUGUCUUCAGAGAAAAAAAGGUGCUGGCUAACAUGACUGUGUAAAUGAGUAUGGAAGAUUAUGAUUUUCUGUUCAAAAUUGUUUUAAUUGGCAACGCUGGCGUGGGGAAAACCUGCUUAGUCCGACGCUUCACUCAGGGGCUUUUCCCACCAGGUCAAGGAGCCACUAUCGGAGUUGACUUUAUGAUUAAGACUGUGGAGAUAAAAGGUGAAAAAGUGAAGCUGCAGAUCUGGGACACGGCAGGGCAGGAGAGAUUUCGGUCCAUUACGCAGAGUUAUUAUCGCAGCGCUAAUGCAUUAAUAUUGACCUAUGACAUAACCUGUGAAGAAUCCUUCCGAUGCCUUCCCGAAUGGCUGAGAGAAAUUGAACAGUACGCCAGCAAUAAGGUCAUAACUGUGCUAGUGGGUAAUAAGAUUGAUUUAGCCGAGAAAAGAGAAGUCUCCAAACAAAGAGCUGAAGAAUUUUCAGAGGCCCAAAACAUGUACUAUCUGGAAACUUCUGCUAAAGAAUCCGAUAACGUGGAAAAACUCUUUCUGGACUUAGCUUGCCGGCUGAUCAGUGAGGCAAGACAGAAUACGCUUGUGAACAAUGUGGCUUCCCCGUUACCAGGAGAGGGGAAAAGUAUCAGCUAUUUGACUUGCUGCAAUUUCAAUUAAGGGCUGGCCCAAGAUCCACCCCAAAUGGGCCAAGAGGUUUUUUGCUGAGAUUUAUCUCAGUGAAGGCAAUUCCUGCCACUUUGACCCAUCUGACUCACACCUAAGUCAGGUUCCGAUCUUAAAGCAUGGCAGGCUGGCCGCUCCACCUGCAGGUCGACAUAGCAGAAUAUAAUAUGGUUUAAUCUUUUUUGCAGUCUCUGGAGUUGGUUAGGAAAAAUAGUUUGCACAAGGCGCUCAUUCAAAUCCAGAGCAUGGGCUGCUACAUCACUUUCUGUUGGAGAUCAGAACAGCCUCCCUGGAUGAUACGGAAGAAUGCAGGAUCUCUUUUGCAGCACGCGUUUGGUCUUUUUAAAGAAAGAUGAACUCAAAGCCUUGGACUAUACAGUACUGGCAUUCUUCCAGGCUGCCAGCCAAAUGAAUGCUUAGGAUGUGUAUAUGCCCACAGCAUCCUGAUGCAGGACUCAAUUGUAUGUUUUGAAUUAGUGUUAUAUCUCUCAUCCGCAGGCACUUUCAUGAACUUGGAAUUAAAAACAUAUAUAUCAACAUUUUCAAACAAACAACAGUUUGGAAAAAGAUAUGGAUACCGGCUUAGUCACUCCGUUUGGUGCUAGUACUUCGGCUGAAUAUUUCAUAGACCAAACCUAGUUUUCUUACAUUACUGUCCUCUGAAUGUGUAACUUAGAGUAAGUAGUGAAAGUAUGCUAAUAAGCUCUGUCCAUAAAAUAUCUUUACCUCUUUUUCUCAGCCUGAACAUAGCGGAUAAGGACUGUGCUUCCUUGAUGUCAAUUGUGGUGGUGAAAAGACUUUUUUUCUUGAGUCAAAAAAGCUCUGUAAACAGUAAUUUCCUAAUGUAAAGAACUAGUUUUGAGAAUACUGACUGAUGGAGUUCUAAACAGAUCAGAUCUGACCAAAAUAUUGUGCUUGCACUGAUCAUGUAUAAGGGUUCAAAGGCAGAGCACAGUUUAGAUGGCAGCCCAAUGUGUUUGAGUAAUGAAAGCUUGUAGUUACAGGUCUUGCUUGAGAAGCAAGCAUACAAUUUUGUAUGUUUUUUUUAAGCUUAAGUGAAAAUGGCAGCAAGUGGUGGUGUUAAUCAUUUUGUGUCUUACUCAUCCAGUGAUCAUCUUAUGAAACUGUACCUUGGAGAAGCAAUUCAAGGUACCAGUUUGGCAUCGACUCUGUAUUAUAGUAGCUUUUGGAUCCAUGACCAUAGAUUCAUUUAAUUUUCUUGUUACUUUGUAUUCUAAGUCUCCGACUCCAAUGUAUGUAUAAUUAUUUGCCUCGGCAAGUUCUUUAUAUAAAACCUCUAAUGUGGAAGAACUAUGGUAUUUGUUAUAUUACACCUCUAGUGCCAUGUUCUAAUAAUACAUUGGACUUUACACAUUGAUGUUAAAGCAAAAUUGGAAAAGAGGUUGGACGCAUACAUAGCAAAUAAUUCUUAAAUGUUUGGUAUCAGUUUUAUUGACCUGAAUGAGGCUAAAACUCUCGGUAACUUUGUGGCUGUGAUACAUUGUAACUUAGCAUUAAUCAGCUCGAUAUCAUGUAUUAUUUGCUGAAGAUGUUGACUGGCCUUUUGUAUUAACAUGAAAAAGCUGCCAAUAAGUAAAUCUUAAAAAUAAAAAUGGCCUUUUAAAA